AUGGGCUUCUACUAUUCCCAGUUUUUUGUGAGACCGGCGUACCCAACGCAAGCGUUUACCGGACAGACAGUGGUCAUCACCGGCGCAAACACAGGCUUGGGUCUCGAGGCAGCGCGGCAUAUUGUUCGUCUAGAUGCUGCCAAGGUGGUCCUCGCGGUGCGCAAUCUUGACGCUGGCGAGGAGGCCAAACGAGACAUCGAACGGACCACCGGCAGACCUGGGGUCUGCGAGGUGUGGCUACUGGACCUCGCUUCCCGAGACUCCGUGGUGGCCUUUGCAGACCGCGCAUCAACCCAGCUAGGCCGGUUGGAUGUCCUUGUGGCCAAUGCCGCAGUGGCUACCCCUACCUUUGCUCUUGUCGACGGGCACGAGCGUACCAUCACCGUGAACGUGAUCAAUACCAUGCUGCUGGCCGUUUUGCUACUACCGAAGCUCGGAGAGGCAGCAAGUGGCUGUUCAGCCUUCCCCACAAUGGCACAGCGACCCGGACGUUUGGUCGUCGUCGUGAGCGAGACACACGCCUGGACUCCCUUCCCCGACUGGCAAACACAAAACACUUUCGAGACGCUGGACGACCCGGCCACCGCGGACAUGCCUAAUCGCUACGCGACGUCCAAGCUCAUGCUCAUCCUCCUUCUGCGCGAGCUGGCCGCGCGGGUGACCCGUGCCGACCCCGAUACUCAACGCCUGGUCGUCAACAUGGUGAAUCCCGGGCUAUGCCAUUCCCGGCUCGCGCGGGACUUGACCUGGGGCUUCUGGUUGUUCAAACUCCUGGUCGCGCGGAGCACCGAGGUCGGCAGUCGGACGCUGGUUGCAGGGGCCGCGGCAGGAAGUGGGAGCCACGGCCGGUACAUGACUGAUGGUAGAGUGGCCGAUGACAGCUUGUCGUCUUUUGUGCGGAGUCGGGAGGGAUUGAAGGCGCAGAAGAAGCUUUGGCGCGAGUUGCAUGGUAUCCUGGAAGCAGUUCGACCUGGAGCGAUGGACAGCCUUGGCGAGGUUUAG